CAGGUUGAAACAAAUCAAAGGAAUUAAUUUACCUUUCGGUGGCAUGUCUGUUCUUGCUGUUGGAGAUUUCUUUCAGCUCCCUCCCGUGAGACAGUCCAAACCUCUGUGCGUGUACGAUCCUACGCGGCUGGACCACUGGCGUGACGACUUCAAAAAGAUCACGCUCACCGCCAUCAUGAGGCAGAAAGACGAUGUCGCCUUUGCCGAACUGCUGAACCGACUCCGCGUCAAAGAAAAGUCAGAUGAACUGUCGGAAAUGGACAGAGCUCUCCUUGCCACGAGAUUGACGCGGAUGACUACAAGAAAGACAAAGGAACUGGCAGAAUGGCAAGGCAAGCUUCCCCUGUGCAAGGCGCUAAGAAUGAGCUCCCGGACUCAAUCAAAGUUGCCUUGGGUGCUCGUGUUAUGAUCACACGGAACGUUGAUGUUC